AUUUCAGAACAAGAAGAAGAAGAAAUCAUGGAGGAGGAGAAGAGCGGCAACUCCAUACUUAAAUUCGCACCGUUUAAGAGCUCCGUCGACGAGGGUUUCUGGCAUCGAUUGUCUUCUCUCAAGCUCAACAAGUUUGGCAUCGACGACUCUCCAAUCCCCAUCACUGGGUUCUAUGCUCCGUGCUCACAUUCUCGAGUAUCGAAUCAUUUGACUCUUCUGGCUGAGUCUUUGCCUUCGGAUUCGGGUGAAGAGUCGACUGAACCGGCUGUGAGUCUGGGCAAUAGGAAUAGAUGCCCCGUUCCCGGCAUUCUUUACAACACCAAUACGGUGGAAAGCUUUCAUGCGCUUGACAAACAGGGCUUGCUAAAGGCAGAAGCCAAGAAGAUUUGGGAGGACAUUCAGAAUGGAAAAGCUUUGGAGGAUAGUUCAGUACUUUCCAGGUUCCUCCUUAUCUCUUUUGCAGACCUUAAAAAAUGGAGCUUUCAUUACUUGUUUGCCUUCCCGGCUCUGUUGCUUGAUCCUCCAGCAACAUUGAUUGAUUUGAAAGCAGCUUCACAAGUUUUUAGUGUGGAGGAGGCAGAAUCUGUCUCAACAGCAUUAAAUGACUGGCGCGGCUCAAUCUUAACUACAGACGUGCCGUUCUUUUUGGUUGUAAUUGAUUCAAAUUCACAUGCUACCGUUAAGCAUUUAAAGGAUUGGGAAACCUGUCAAAGUUCUUCUUAUCAGAAGGUCCUAUUUGGGUUUUAUGACCCAUGCCAUCUCCCAAAGAACCCUGGUUGGCCGCUUCGGAACUUGCUUGCGCUUAUUGGCUCAAGAUGGGAUAUAAAGUCUGUUAGCUUCCUAUGCUAUAGAGAGACUCGUGGUUUUGCAGAUCUAGGAUUGUCUCUUGUUGGUAAAGCCCAGAUUACAGUUCAACAAGGUAGAAUUGCAGAAAUUGAUGUUCGUAAUACACCUAAUGCAGUGGGGUGGGAACCUAAUUACAAAGGGAAAAUAGAACCCAGGUGCAUUAGCCUUGCUGAAUCUAUGGAUCCAACUCGGUUGGCUGUAUCUGCUGCAGAUUUGAAUUUGAAACUAAUGAGAUGGCGUGCUUUACCUUCUCUCAACUUAAAUUCCUUGUCCUCUCUCAAGUGUCUUCUCCUUGGAGCAGGUACCCUUGGAUGCCAGGUUGCUCGCAUGCUUAUGGCUUGGGGUGUUCGCAAAAUUACUUUGGUUGACAAUGGCAGAGUGGCUAUGUCUAAUCCCUUAAGGCAAUCCCUGUAUACAUUAGAUGACUGUCUAAAUGGUGGUGAAUUUAAAGCCGUAGCAGCAGUUAAUAGUCUCAAGAAAAUAUUUCCCGCUGUGGAAGCAGAGGGUAUUGUCAUGGCUAUACCAAUGCCUGGACAUCCUGUUCCUAGCCAAGAAGAGCAGAGUGUGCUUGAUGAUUGUAGGCGCCUACAUGACUUGAUUGAUUCUCAUGAUGCAGUUUUUCUGUUAACGGAUACAAGAGAAAGUCGGUGGCUGCCGUCUCUUCUUUGUGCCAAUACUAACAAGAUUACUAUAACUGCAGCUCUGGGGUUUGAUAGCUUUUUAGUUAUGCGCCAUGGAGCAGGUCCAUGCAGCUCUAGCCAUUACUCAAAUUGUGAAGCUGCAAAUGCUUUAUCCACUGAUCUGAGCAACCUUGUACUGACUAAUAGAAAUGGAGGGCACAGAUUGGGUUGUUACUUCUGCAAUGAUGUGGUUGCGCCUAUCGAUUCAACUGCCAACCGCACCUUGGACCAGCAAUGCACUGUUACACGCCCAGGUCUCGCUCCUAUUGCCUCAGCUCUUGCAGUUGAGCUCUUAGUUGGCAUCCUGCAUCACCCUGAUGGGAUAUUUGCCGAAGGUGAAAUUGCAAACUCUAGUAAUAAUGGAAGCAGUGAGCAACCUCUUGGUAUUUUACCCCAUCAAAUCCGUGGUUCCCUUGGACAGUUCUCACAGAUGACACUUGUAGGCCACUCCUCAGACAGUUGCACGGCUUGCUGCAGCAUUGUGGUGUCUGAAUAUCGGAAAAGGGGAAUGGAAUUUAUACUACAAGCAAUCAACCAUCCCACCUAUCUGGAGGACGUGACUGGACUAACAGAGUUGAUGAAAACAGCUACUGCAUUUCAAAUGGAUUGGGAUGAUGGGACUGAUAACGAUGAUGAUGAUUGUGUUGAAAUCUAAUGUUCUUUCCUGUUCUUUA